AUGGUGGUGCUUUCAGCAGCCAUCGUGAAGAAAGACAAGACCUUGGUGGCAAGGCAGUUUGUGGAGAUGACCCGGCUCCGAAUUGAGGGCCUGCUGGGUGCCUUCACCAAGCUGGUCGACAGUGGCAAAGACCAUACCUUCGUCGAGACAGAGUCCGUUCGCUACGUCUACCAGCCCAUGGAGGCCCUCAGCCUCGUUGUCAUCACAAACAAGGCGAGCAACAUCCUGGAGGACCUGGAGACCCUUCGGCUGCUGGCCAAGGUCGUCCAGGACUGCUGCGAGAUCCAGGUCUCUGAGGAAAAUGUGCUGAAACAUGCCUUUGACAUAGUUUUCGCCUUCGAUGAGGUCAUCUCCUUCGGCUACCGCGAAAGCGUCACGCUGUCUCAGAUUAAGACCUACACAGAGAUGGACAGUCAUGAAGAAAGACUGCACAUGAUGGUGGAGCAGAGCAAGAUAAAUGAGGCCAGAGAAAUGGCCAAGAAAAAGCAGAUGGAGCUUGCCAAGCAGCGUGCCCUCCAGCCCAAGGAUGCUGCGGGUCCUGGCUUUGGCAGCGACUCGCUGCCGGGCAUCGGUCCGAGCAGCAUGGGUGGCAGCUCCUUCCAGGAUUCGAUGCCGUCGAUGGGAGGAGGUGCCUCCUUUGGCAACGACACUAGCGCACCAUGGUCUAGCUCCAUGGCAGAGGACUCUGGCCCGGCGCCACUGAAACCUGGGGCACCAAAGAAGGGCAUGGCGCUGGGCAAGAAAAAGAACGCAGAUGUGCUUGGAAGCAUGGGCAUUUCUGCUGAGCCCACCCCGUCCCCUGAGGCGGUGGCUGAAGAGCCUGCAGCUCCGGCAUACAAUCCUUUGAUGGACCCCGUGAGAGUGGACAUCGAGGAGAAGAUCACUGCAGAUCUGCAAGUUGAGGGCGGGCUGGAGGGCGAAGCCGUUUGCACCGGCCAGUUUCAGGUCACGGUGCUUGACGCGUCCAAGGCUGACCUGGCCGCCUUCAGGUUGGCUCCGCAGAACCAGGAGUUCAGGUACAAGAUUCAUCCGAACCUGAACAAGACGUCGCAUGCGAACAAUGUCCUCGAGGUUCGCGAGGCCUCGCGUGCCUAUCGGGCGAACGCGCCCGUGCCACUUGUGAAGUGGCAGUACAAGAGCAGCAACGAAGACUUUCUGCCUGUGCAGAUCAGCUGCUGGCCGUCCACCACGGCGGAUGGCACGCAAAUCGUUGUAGAGCUGGAGCUGACAGACACGAGCAUCACGCUCGAGGAUGUCCAGAUCAAGUUUCCGGCUGCGGCAUCCUCUAGGCCUCAAGUUUCCAGCGCCGAGCCUGGCGAGGCAAGCUAUGAUGGCCAGAGCGAGGUCUGCUGGAGAAUCCCCGUCCUUGACAAGAGUGAGACCAACGGCACCCUCGAGUUUGUGGCGAAGACAGAUUCUGCAUCGCUGCUGCCCUUUACCUUUGAUGCCGUUAGGCGGGGCGCUACAAAGUGUCCCAUGGAGAUCGCGGAGUGCUACCACAUGGAGAAGAAGGACGCUAUAGCCUUCACGUGUGAAAAG